AUGCACUCUAGUAUAGCACAGCCGACGGAGAAUGUGGACCCCAGCAAUCCGCCAAAAACAGAUUAUGACCGCCGCCGCGAACAAGUGCGAAGGGCACAAAAGAAACACCGCGAACAGAGGGAUCACCGACUUCGUAGCCUUGAAGAUGAGCUGCAUCGGUUGUAUAGCCUGACCUCUUUGGCAGAUGAAUUAAAUGAGCUUGAGUUUGAGAAUGGCGUUCUGCGGGAGAUCGCUUUGCGUUGUUCAAUCCCACUACCGCAGAACUUCCAGCUGAGAAGUGCCCCGCUGGCGGAGGUUACUAUAUUUGGGAAUCAUGGGCAUCAUCAACAUCUUUCAGUCACGAUUCCAAAUUCGGCGACGCACAUGGUGCAAGAUGCUCACCGUCAUCACCAUAACUCGGAACUCAGCGAUGAGCAAAUAAAUAACCCAUCGGAAAGUGGGAGUGCGAAAUAUCUAAAUUUAACUCAAAUGGGCAUAGAUUUCGUUCUAUCUUUGGAACGACCAUGUCUCUUUCACACCCGGGCUCCAGACUCGGAUGAGCCAUCCGGACAUGCAAUGUCCAUGCAGGGAAUGAUUUUAGUGGGGGCCCCUAUGGAACUCGAAGAUAAAACAUCAUGGGAGGUCCCUGCCCAGCAAUUGGAUAAGCUGUUCGAAUUAUCUGGUCAUCUUGGACUGGAUGGAUAUGUCACACCCGUGCAAGCGUGGAAUCGAUUAAUGAAAUAUUUUGAUCUUGCGUCCAUAGAUCUCGAAACAUUGGAGAUGUUGCGAUCGGCUAUGAUUCCUCAUAUUAAGUGUUAUGGGUUUGGUGCGAUUAUGGAGGAAGAGGUGUUUGAGGAAUGGAACGGAUUAUUCAACUUUUGCCAGGAGUGA